AUGGAUAAGACUAAUUACACAAGCGAUGAUAUCGAAUCGCGAUAUACUCCCGGUGCAGGCAUCGGCGUUUUUGCGAAGCGACAGUUACAGCCCAAGCAGACGCUCUAUGAAACGAGCGACGAGUAUUUUAGCAUCAUAUACAGGAGAUACUGGAAAGAAGUUUGUGGUUUCUGCUACAACUACGAUAGUGGCCUCGAUUGGAAGCUCAAGGAGAAUCACAUCGGCGUCGUUUUCUGCUCCGAGGAAUGCCGGAGUAAGUUUAUGAAGAGAAUUGCAAUCGCGCCAGAUCUCCACGCUUUCCUCAUAAGCGUUGAAGAAUUCUCUCGAAAACGCAAGCAAUUGAAGACAGCGCCCGAUCCGGAAGACGACGAUAUCAUACCGGAUAGGAGAAUAAUUGAGGAGUCGUGGACUGAUUCACAGAACACGCUACUCGAUAUAGUCAACACUCUCGCCUCUGAUAAGCCCAACAAAGCACAGCGGAAGCUGCUCAGCGAGGUACAAGCAGCAGGAUUGCGAGCUUACGAUGAAGACAGUGACACGGAUAUAGACAGCAUAAAAAAUCUCGCCAGCUAUAUUGCUACCAACGUACUCUCGCCAUCGACUGUCGCACAUACACUCACCUUGAGCACUACCAUUGAGCCAUGCACAUUGAGCCGGCUACUUGAUCAACAGAUCAAUCACUACUUGGCCCUAGUCAGUCUGUUGCCUCCAUCGCUAUCUCAGUAUGCACUAUCUGCACCGUCAAUUGCCAAGAUAUUGGCCGUAGACAGAUCAAAUAGCUUCGGAAUUUGGAGUGGGAGCUCGGACUUGAAAUGCACACAUACAGAAGAACGCAGCGAGUUGCUUGGGUCAAUGCUCGUACCUUCUCUCUCGCGCUUCAAUCACUCGUGCUCACCAACAGUCUCAAAACAGCGAUCUAGACACACUUGGACAUUCUCAACAACGGAUGUUGUGAAUGCGGAUCAAGAGAUAUUCAUCACUUAUCUUGGCGGCGAUGAGAAGACAUUGAAUGUCGAUGAUCGUCGUCAGCGAUUAGUCAAUGGAUGGGGAUUCAUUUGCGGGUGCGUCAAGUGUACAAACGAAUCCACACAAUCGGAUAUAGAUUAA